AUGAGGAUGAGCCCACAUCUCAAGUACUUAGGGCUUACCCUCGACAGCCGGUGGAACUUCCACGAGCAUCUCCGCCGGCUGUGCCCCCGACUCGUGAGCGCCGCAGCUGCACUCGGCAAAUUAUUGCCUAACGUGGGAGGGCCCAGCUCCGACUGCCGUCGACUCUUUGCUGGCGUCAUUAGGAGCAUGGCCCUUUACGGGGCGCCUAUCUGGGCCGAGGCUCUCACUGCUAAAACCAGACCGCUGCUGCGUAGACCGCAGCGGAUAAUGGCGGUGAGGGCCAUAAGAAGGUAUCGGACGGCGUCCGGCGAUGCGGCAUGCGCUCUGGCCGGAGCCCCACAGUGGGAACUCGAGGCGUCUGUCCUCGAGGAGACCUAUCGGUGCCGGGCAGAGGCCAGGGAUGGCGGGGAGCGCCCCUCACCGGAGGAGCUGGCGAGUGUGCAACGAGCCGCGAAGCACACGCUCCGGAGGAAGUUGGUGGAGAAUCUUCAGUCAGCCAGGUACAGGACACGCACAAUCCAGGCGCUGCACCCGGUCCUGGCCGACUGGAAGAAGAGGAAGUUCGGGUCGCUGACCUACCGGCUCGUGCAGAUGCUCACCGGGCAUGGAUGCUUUGGUGAUUACCUGCACAAGAUUGCCGGGAGGGAAGCGACCCCGGAGUGCCACGAGUGCGGAGCUGCGAGUUAUUCGGUACAUCACAUCCUAGAGGUGUGUCCAGCCUGUAGUCCGCAGCGGACCACUCUCGUGGCGGAGAUGGGAAGUGACCUCUCGCUGCCCAGGGUGGUUAAAGCCAUAGCUGACAAGCGAGAGGUCGUAGCAGACAAUGGUCACCUUUUGCGAAGAUGUCAUGUCGCAGAAGGAGACUGCCGAACGGGUCCGCGAGGAUGA